GUCUUCCUACGAUUUCCCAUCCCUUGCCCGAACCAGCAGUGCUACACCAAUGAUGGGGGUCCUGCCCUACGUGGCCGACAAGACGGUCUCCCGCCAUCUUGGUGGUGCAGGCGGGGCUCAUGCCAAGUCGUACUUCAACCCAGCCACCAACAGCGUCAACGCUCGCUACACCCAUUCCGACUGGUCCCUCUCCAACAACGUCAACUUCAGUAUGUCUGAUAAAGAGAGGGCCUUUGCCGAGCAGGUGCGCGCUGACGCCUGGCAGACUGUGAAGGAGACGGAUGCACAGACCAGGAACAGACAGACUGACGUCACCAAGAGGCUAGGGGAUCGUGUUUAUGACAUCACCUUCUGGAAGACCGAACUGAAUAAUGAGAUCAGCGCCAUGGCCACCGAGACAGAGAACCUGAAGGAGUACAAGCGCACCCUGGAGAAGGCCCUCGCUGACACUGCCAACCCCCUGCACGUGGCCGAGGAGUGUCUCAUGCACAGGGAGAAGAGGCAGGGCAUUGACCUCGUCAAUGAUAAAGUUGAAAGAACUCUCGUGAAGGAAGUUGACGUCAUCAGGAAGUGCCAGGCUAUGAUGAAGCAGGUCCUUGAGAAGGCUUACGUCCAGAUCAAGAUGAACCGAUCUGCCCAGCACGCUAUGGAGGUCGACGCCAAGGACAAGCACCACGCCCAGAAUCUGGAUGACCGCAUGCAGCAGCUCAAGAAUAGUUCAGCUGGCAUCGGCUACUACCCCGGCAUUGAGGCCAUCGACAACACAAUGACCCUCCCCGCGUCCUGGGCGCAGUACACCCAACAGAACAUCGCCCGCUCCCAGAGGGAGAGGGCGUCGUCCGAGAAACUCCGCGGUGCUAUUGACACCUGCCUCCGUGCGUGCGCCACCAAUAUGUGGAGCAACUUCAACACCGUCAACAACAACUUCAACACCCGAAUCCGAGAGUCAGAGGACACUAGAAACAAACUGCAGGCUCACUUGCAGAGGACCAUGCAGGAGAUCUUCGACAUGGAGAAGAACAUCGAGCUGCUGAGGAAGGCAAUCAAGGACAAGGAGGCGCCGAUGAAGGUGUCCCAGAGUCGUCUUGACGAGCGAACCAGGAGGAUCAAUGUGGAGCUCUGCAACGACCCCGUCAUGAUCUCACUGCAAAAUGAGGUGCGCGAGAUCCGUGAGUCUGUCCGCAUCCUGAAGGAGCGUCUCAAGGCCUCCGAGAUGUCUCUGGCUCGUCUCAUGAAGACCAAGGCCACUCUGGAACACGACAUCUCCGUCAAGGAGAACAGUCUCCGCAUCGACUCCCAGUGGUGUAUGGGAAUGAGGAAAGGUUUCCCUAUGGACCCCAAAGUUGGACCCAUAUUCCAGAUGCCUACAUAUUAGGGACUUGAACAGACUCUGAUAGUACGUACAUGUAUGUACAUAGGUUUGAAGGAGUUGCAUGAAAGUGUUCAGUUCACCGCUCCAAGAUGUACCGUCAUUGGCAGCCAGUUAGCCAGUGAGUUCCA